AUGGAUUUUCCAUUUUAUUCAGAUGAUAAGGAAUGGAGCAAUUCCCUUCUUGCUUCCUUUGAAACCACCGAAGAUGCAGUUUAUGAAGGAGAAAGUUGUCAAGAUUGCCUGAUAUCCCCACAGAAAUGUGGGCUAAUUACUAUUGAGAAAGAAAUGAAAAACCCAAUGAUAGAGAAAUUCAAACUGGUAAGGAAGUGGAGCCUAAACAAAUACAAGUGCACUCGACAACUUAUGUCAGAGAAGCUGGGACAUAGCUCAAGAACAGUCAACCUUGAACUAGAUUACCAGAUUGAUGUAUUAAAAGAUAACAAGAAAAAGUAUGAACAUAUUCUAAGACUGGCUCAGAUGUUUUCCAGCCAUCUCUCCCACAUGGUGCACAUCCAAAAAGAACUUGGAAAUGCAUUUGCUGACCUAAGCCUGAAGUCACUCGAUCUGCAUAAAGACUUUGGCCAAAAUGUGGAUACUCAGAGGCUGAUGGCAAAAAAUGGAGAAAUUCUUUGUGUGGCCAUUAAUUCUUUCAUUGAGAAUGUCAACACUUUAGUGAACAAAACAAUUGAAGAUACUUUACUGACUGUGAAGCAGUAUGAAAGUGCCAGAAUUGAAUAUGAUGCAUAUCGCACUGAUUUACAAGAACAGGAUGAUGGAAACUUGGGCCCAUACAGUUUGACAAAGAUUGAGCAGUCAAAGCUUCUUUUCCAGACAUAUAAGGAAAAAUACGAGCAAAUGCGCAAUGAUGUUGCUAUCAAACUCAAGUUUCUGGAAGAAAACAAGGUUAAAGUACUGCGUAAUCAGCUAGCUCUUUUUCAUGAUGCUAUUUCUGCUUACUCUACUGGGAAUCAAAGCCAGCUGGAAGAGACACUGGCACAGUUCCACAUCAUGAAAACUCCUGGAGAAAAAUCCAUAUCUUGGUUUGAAGAACACCAAUUACAGCAGAAAAAAAUAAAACUAUUGUUUUACCGAACAAGUUUAAG